UCAAUCAGCUCAAGAUUCACAUACAACAUGCAGGUAACAAUCAUCGCCUUAGUCUGCUGUUUAGUCGGCUCUGCACUGGCUCUGCCUUAUCCCGAUCCGGAGGAGAAGAAGGAUGUCUGGAAUGAGCGAAAGCAGUUUAAUAUGCCAGAUGAGCAGCGUUUCUUAGUGGAUGGUGGCUACAACAAGGAUAAGAGUGGCAAGGAUGUGUGGGUUCAAGCACAGGUGCCUGUUUGGACCAGUGAGAACAAGCGACACGAGUUCGAUGUUGUCGGCAAAUAUGGACAGCAUCUGGAUGGACCUUAUGGCAAUAGCCCACCCUCAUGGGGUGUGGGCGGCAACUACAGAUUCCGAUUUUAAAUAACAUCAGCUUAGUAAUUCAGCAAUAGUACUUGAGUUGAAUACCAAUAAUAUUAUCAAUUUUAAAGCAUAUUUAUUAUAAAAUGUAUAUCCACAA